AUGUCCAGCGCAGCGGAAGCUAGCGACGACGUUUUCUUUGAAGGCGACAUGGAGGUCACAAUGCCCCUCAACGGCAGCCGAGUCGUCGCGACGCCGCCGCGCAGCCAUCGCAAGCUGUUGAUCUUUCUACUACUGCUGGUAGUCGCUGACGGCGACAUCGUGAUCCCUCACCCCGAAUCGCCCUACUACCAACGCGGCGAACGGUUCGACCGCAGCGUCAUGCGCGAUCGCGCCAUCAUGCUCUGCAUGCACAACGGUGUGUUGGCAAUGGGGUUGUCACUCAUUCGGGAGUUGAGAUGUCUAGGCAACGAGGAGCUGAUCCAAAUAUAUCACUGCGGCCAGGACGAAUUAUCUGUCAAAUCGAGAGACAUCCUCUUCUCUUCCGACAACCGAAUUGAACUGGUCGACAAUUGGUGGGUUAAACCAUUGGCGAUGUACCACACGGACGUGCGGCAUGUGAUGCUGAUGGACGUGGACGAUAUUAUGAUGAAAAACCCAGCUGCUCUACGAGAGGCGGACGUAUAUACACAAACGGGAACGACGUUCUUCUACGACCGUGUAUUCGCCGACUGCAAGGAAUUUGUCAAUGAUGUUGACGAUAAGGAGAAAUAUUUGCCAAAGCUGUUCCGAACGUUCAACUACAACAAGUUUAACAUUUCGGAAGGCGAGGAUCCUUCGGAACAAGUGUUGAAUUCAUUCGCAUACCGAGGCAAAACGUGUCACGAAAUGGACUCUUCCUUAGUGCUAAUCGACAAGAAGCGCGUGGGCCAAACCGUGCUCGACGUCAUGCUCUGGUUCAUCACGAAGGAGCGUUUCCGCUUUAGAUAUUCUCAUGGAGAUAAAGAGACCUUUUGGCUGUCCUUUGAGUUGGCGCAUGUACCGUACUCCUUUUCUCCGUGGGGUGUGAGUGUGGUUUCUUCGACGCCUAACAAAGAUAUGACCAAGCACCCAGACUCGCUCUGUGGUAGUAUCUUACAGUACAUGCCUGUUGCAUCCGAAGAACCCGAGAUGUUGUAUGUAAACGGCAAGGCGUUGCUUGACCCGUAUCCGCAGGGUAUCGACUACGUACCCAAGGCCCAAUGGAACAACAUGUUCAACACAUUCCCGACUCACAUGACGCCACGUCUGCCACGCACGGAACUAAACACAACUGGUCAUGGGAAAAUGUACACCGAGUGCCUUAUCGGUCUGGGGGCAACACCGUUGCCUGCCUCAUUUGCAGGAAUGCUGUUACGUCGUCGUCUCCACUAUUUAGGCAUCGUGACCGGCGUGCUCGGCUCGUUGGAACAUUGUGACACGUUCCAAGUGCGUCGAUUGCAAGAGCAAUCUAACGUUGAGCAUACAGCAUAA